AUGGAAGAAACGAACAAAAAUGAGUCAUUAUUACUGUCAAAAUAUUCCAAUAAUUUACCUGUUCCGAAAAUAGCGUUGGGAGCUUCAACUUCUUCAAACAACAACAAUAAUUACUAUUCAUCAAGUGGUGGGUGUUUUUACGCGGUGAAACUUAUCGACGACGAGAUAAGAGAUACAAUAUUGAUGAUGAACCCAAAUGCAAAACGCGAAUCACAAGUUCCAUCACUGGAUAAAGUUUUAUUGGGAGUAUCAGGUGCUCCUUUAUCACAAUAUAAUUUCUAUUGUUAUCUACGAGAACAUUGGCAAGCAGAAGAUAAUCUUAAUUUUUGGUUGGAUGUUGCAAACGAUGACUCGUCAUCUGAGGAAUUUGAGCCAUCACAUAAUCAUAAUGAUUCUCAUUCCAGUGAAGAAAAUACUGUUACUCCAACAGAUGAUUCCCAAAUCAAUGCGUUAUCUUUAAAUAAUAUAUCAUCAAAUAUAACAACGGAUGAGGAUGCAUCAGUAGGGCAGCCAGGAUAUCGAAGACAGAUAAACGAAGAUGAUUUAAACAAAUCGGCCAAACAAAUAUAUCGUAAAUACGCACAGUUAAACAUUUUUCCCGAGGAACACCGAAUUACAAUGCAAGAUUUAAUACUACGUCAAGGACGACACAAUCCGGUAGUCUUCGCCAGUUCAAAAGCUUACGUCUAUCACAUAAUGAAUGUAAUUUAUUUUCCGAAAUUUGUUGAAUCCACCAUCGAUAUAAAUCUCACACAAAUUCAUGCGAUAAUUGCGCUGCCACUCGGAAUGGUUUGUCUCACCUUUGGUAUCGCAUUGGAGUUGUAUUAUAUUUUCAUGGCAUGGGAAAAUCGAAUGAUUAGGAUUUGGGGUUUUUUCCCUCUUUGGUUGGGUUGGGUGCUGUUGCAGACUGCUGUCACGAGAUUUUUCCCUCCGUUAAUUCUGUUUGGAGUGAGUGAACACAAAUUAUUUCGAUUUCACAGAAUAAAAGAAAGAGCAAUACUAAAAGCACAUCGAGCACGUGCUCUUCGAUUCAUUUUCUAUGAUACUCUAGUGGCACUUAUAAGUAUUGCAAUAUUAAUAGCAGCGCCUCCAAUUCCUCUAAGUAGCCCUUCAUAA